AUGUUUCGCAACGCCGUUUUGGCUUUGUUGGUCUUGAGCGUUUCGGCCAGACUUCAUGGCUUGGAGAAGCAUGUCACCAUCAACGACUUGGAAGUCUUCAACAAGUUCCAAAGCUUCGCUGAAACGUAAGUUUCAAGAUCGUCUUUGGAUUAAAGAAUAAGUUAUGACAAAGAAUAGGCUUCAGAUUCAUAACAUUAUGUAAGCUUAACGCCUGUUUUACUCUUUAUACCUUUAAAAAACUCUUUUCAAAACCAUAUUCUUCAAAUUUCAGUCACCAAAAGACCUACACUUCAGUAGAAGAAGCCCACGAACGCUUCCAAAUCUACAAAUCCAACCACCUUCAGCUCCAGGUCUACCAACAAGUUGAACAAGGCACCGCCCAGUAUGGCGAGACUCAAUUCAUGGACUUGACCCCAGAAGAGUUCCGCACCCAGGUCCUCUCCAACAUCAACGCCGCUGAAGUCGCUCCAGUCAAACGUUUGACUGUCGAUGAACUGGCCAACUUGGAAGUCACCUUGCCGACCGCUAAAGACUUUAGAAGUGAAGGUUUGGUCACUCCAGUCAAGAACCAAGGUAGUUGUGGAUCGUGCUGGUCCUUCUCAGUCACUGGCAACGUUGAAGGUCAGUGGAAGAAGAAGACCGGAGAGUUGGUGAGCUUGUCCGAACAAGAAUUGGUCGAUUGUGACAGAAAAGAUCACGGAUGUAACGGUGGAUACAUGACUUGGACUUACAAGUAAGUGUUGUUUCGGAAAGUUAAUGUAACUUUGCCAUGAUUUUGGAGCUAAAAACUCUACCUAAACUACCAAAGUCUAAACAAAUCAUUGCCAAACAAAAUAAAACUCACUUUCAGUGAAAUCAUCCGCCUCGGAGGUCUGGUCAAAGAAGAAGACUACAAAUACACCGCCGUUGAAGGCAAGUGCAAGAUUGACCAGUACGACUUUGUCGCCUACAUCAACGACUCCAUCCAUCUCCCAGCCAAUGAGCAGAAGAUCCAACAAUACCUAUUCAAUCACGGCCCCGUUUCCAUCGCUGUCAACGCGAAUCCUCUCCAAUUCUACGGUGGCGGUAUCCACCAUCCCCCCAAGAUGUUCUGUAACCCCAAAGCUUUGAACCACGCCUUGUUGUUGGUGGGUUAUGGUGAAGAAGAAGGAAAGCCAUUCUGGAUCGUGAAGAACUCGUGGGGAACUGGCUGGGGAGAAGAGGGCUACUUCCGAUUGUAUCGUGGAGAGAACGUUUGUGGCGUUGCUGAAUUGGCCACUUCUGCCAUCAUCUACUGA